UGCCUGUUUCUCCAUUCUUGUUUUUACCAUGUAGAGUUUGAAAGGAAAGUAGUAUGUUUUGCCCAAAACUGCUAUUCUUCAAGCUUGGAAAUUUUGCAGGGGGAAUGCAAAACUUCAAACAGCCUAGCCAGCUGAAGUAGCUAUGGCAAUUCUUUUAAGAACAAAACUUGAUUUUUUCACUUCCAACUUGCAACUUCACAGUGGCAUUUUGUUCCUUGUGUCUGAGAAGAGAUGGUAAAUGCUCAUGAAUAAUUUUAACUGGAGAGGUGCGCUUAUAUGUUAGGUCAUACAAUCAACAUCUUGGUUACGGUUCAGGCGCUGAAAUAUCGGCUGAUAUAUUCCUUCCACCCCCCUGCCCCCCACUUCCGUAUAUUUGAGGGGAAGAGAAGUGUAUAGUGUUUAUUUUGAAACUACAAAUAAUCCUUUUUUAAAUUCUUUUUAGAGUGGAAGUUCAGCCUGGCUGUCCAAGCAGCUUUAUAGCCCUACAAACGGCGUUCUGCAUCCUUCAUAAAUUAGAAGUGGAUCCAUUGACAUCUUUUAAAGAAAUAGAUGAAUUGGAUUUUGAAAUGGUUAGAAACAGCAAAUUACAAGAUAUGACCAGAUACAAGAAGCAGGUGGUUGAGGAAAGUGCUACUCCACAAUCUGACAAGCCAGCUGCAAAGUGCAUACAGGCUGUUUCUCGGUUUAUUAUAGAUCCAGACAGUCAGGAUGAGGUAGAAUAUCUUGAUGCAGUAACCAAGUCUAAAAACGAACUGGGAUUUCAACAAGAUAAUGUGAAAUCUAUACAGACACGUAAGAGAGGCAGCCCUCUUAAAGAAAUUUCACAUAAGGAAACCACCUUUCGACAAGGCAAGCGGUGGAACUGCUUGAAUUAUCCUGGAGUAUUUGAGGACAAGGAAGAAUGGAGUGAUGAAGAAUUUCUUUUUGAUGUACCUCAAAAAAUUUCCAUCCGAAAUGGAAGAACUUCACCAACAGAGAGUAAUUUUUCAUGUUCAUCUAAAAAGCAGAAAUGGACGGUUGAAGAAAGUGAAUGGAUUAAAUUGGGUGUAAAAAAGUUUGGAUUAGGAAAUUGGCAGAAGAUCCUAAAACAUUACCCAUUUUGUGAUCGCACGGGUGUCAUGAUUAAAGAUCGAUGGCGAACAAUGCAAAAGCUUGGAAUGACUUAAAAGACAAUAUUGAACUUCUUAAACAUUUGCCCUAGUUGCAUUAUGUGAUAUGCAAAACCUAUUGGUUUUGUACUGUACAAGAAUACUGACUGUCUACUUAAAAUUAGAUUGCAAUGAAAGCCAGGCCUUUUUCUGUUGGAAUUGGUGCCCUCACAUACCUUUCCUUGCAUUCAAGAAGUAUGGUUUUGUGGAAAUUUUUACCUUUGUGUUUAGUAAGUGAUUUGAAGAAUUAAGCCAGUUUUUAUUCUUUCCAGUGAAAUAUUUAGUCGAUGUUCUUUAUGUUUGCUUUAAUAUUGUCAAUUGUAUUUGGCUAGUAAUACUUCAAAUGCAAUUGUACACAAUAGUCUGACAUUAAAGAAUAAUUGUAAGACAAUAAAAAGUGCAAAAUUCCCCACUAACCUCCCUGUAAUCUUUGGACACUAGUCAUCUUCUAUAGAUAAAUAUCAACAACAUGAUCUCCAGCAUAAGUAAAAACCCAGCAGUGCAACCUCAGGCCCAGAUUUAUAUAAAUUUGAUUUUAUUAACAAAUUCAUUCUGACUUGGAACAUUGGAAGUUUUAUGAUGGUUGGCUUGAAUUGUUUGAUCUGGAAGCAGUCCUGUUAUUAGUUGUGGAGUGAAGGGUUUGCCAAAUCAUAAUGGUUGGCACUGCUGGUGAAGAAAUUUAAUUUUUAUUAACCAUAUCCACUUUGCAAUGACUUAUUGUAGCAUUUGUGCAGCUCUGUCUUACAACAUAACCCAACAAUGGCAGAUGCAUUAGGUAACACAUUUCCAUUAUUAGUAUUAGACUCAGAAAAUGUUCCAUGAGGUACUUGAUUGGGAGACAUCAAGUGAUUAAAAUUUCAUCACCUGCUACCAGGAAACCCACAAAAUACUAUGGCGGUGCUGGGAAAAACUGGAUAAUUAAGUCAAAUUCAUAAUUUUAUUGCAUGUUCUGGAGUUUGCCAGCAUUUUUAUCAGUGUUUUCAAGGCCAUAUUAUGGCAUUCUGUCCAUCUUUCCAUAAAAAUCAUAAAUCAGUGACCUUGUUCAUGAUCUCAUUAAGGACAGUAAAGUAGCAACAACUUUUAAAUUCCACUUUUUUUAAAUAGUUGUGGUAUAGAGAGUACUGUAUGUCUCACUUUUUUGCGUGGAUUGCAGAUAGUUUUAAUCAUGCCAGUACUCUGCAGGAAUUGCUACCAGUAAUUACAAAAAUGUACAAACAGCAGUUAGCUGCCUUACUUUUUUUUAGCUUCCAAUUUAUGAAACUAAUAAAGUUAUCUUUUGCACAAUUAUGGCAAUGCAGAUAAGAAUACUUCUAAAUUGCUAUAAUUUAGCAUUGCUUAUUUAACAAAAAAGUUUUUGUGAUUUUUAACUAAAACAUGUAUCGGCCGCUUGUACGGUAUCUAUAUCUGCCUGAAAGAUUGUUUCUGAUCUUUGUGGCUUUGUAGUGGAAAUGUGGAAAUCUUAAUUUGAUUUUUCAUUGAAAUUUCACAAUUAGAAUUUUUUUAAAAAUGCAUUGCCGGUCACUUCACAUUAAAUAAUUGCUCAACUGAUCCAAGAUACACCAUUUUCACCAUGUUUUUUUAAUCCAAUGAAAGGAUUUAGGCACUCCAUGUUUCCACCCCAUAAUCUGUUACAGAUAACUUUGUUUCCAAUUAUUAAACUACCUUUUCAAUAUUUUUUGCUAUUCACAUGCUUGGAAACACAUUGAAAAUAAAUUAUAUAUUUUCACAUU